GGCUGUCAUUGUCAGACACACUCUCAUAUCCUCUUAGUUGUUUUACUGCUGGCCCGAUGCUCAACAAGUCACCCACAGCCCAUUUGUAUUGGAAAUAACUGCUUAGGUGUCUGACUUAUUUGUUUAGCGGGAGUUGGACUGUUCACUGGUUUGCAUGGCACCAACUGAGCAUUUGAAGAUGAUGCGAUUGCUGUUCCUGUGUCUGCUGCUGCUGCUGCCAGCUGCUACUGCUGUUUCAGAAGAGAUUGAAGGAUCAGCUGAUGACGGUCUGGAUGAUGAUGAUGAUGAAGAUUUAUAUAGACAAAGAACAAAUACAGAUCUUGGCGCCACAGCUGCAGAUAAAACUACAGGCGUAGAAAACGCGGCAGAUAACUUCACCGUGAUCGUCAUCGUCGUAGCUGUGGCUGUGUUGGUUCUUUCAGUCGCUGCGAUAGUCACCAUAAUGUUAGUAAGACGCCACGCGCACAAUCGGCAGCAAGGGGUCUACUCCGUGCCUACAGAGCAGGACCAGAAAGGGGCAGUCUAGUUCCUGGUGGAGUAGCAGUCUUACAACGACAGACAAGAGAGGAGCAAUGCACCGGGCUAUGUCAUCUCCUACUCUUCGACUCAGGACAGAUAGACUUCUUUGCACAACAGCCUGCUUCUCACCAUCCAGUACAUUGCUUGCUCCUACAUAAACUCCUAUGAAUACAUAUGCAAUAUAUAUAUAUAUAUAUUUUUAUGUUACACACUUUUGUCUUUGUCCCAGCCAUUUAUACUCCACAUAACAUGCAAUUUAACCAGGGACAUUUGGAACACAUUCAAACCUUCUAAUUGGAUUCUAUUUGAGGAAUCCAAAUCAAAGCCAGUGAAUGUGGCUUAAAGCUUCUUUUGUUAAAAGGGAUGAUUUAGCACAGCCAGAGCUCCCCCCUUUUUUUUACUACCUGAAACAAGAAAUUAUUCCCACCAGCUAUGCAGUGAAACUGUAUUUACGUUUGAUUUGGUGCAUGUGGAACAGACCUGUCUCUGUGAAAUGGUCGAUGAGUGAGACAAGCCAUGCUAAUCCACACUAAGCCAGCCCAGUGCUCACUUCAUUCUCCUAUUCACUUGUCUGACACCUUCUGUUCCUGGCCCAUUAGGAAUGACAGGAGGCAGCGCAAUAGGGAGAUAAAAACCUGUUCCCCCCUCUUGUCAACCUCAGUAAAAAAGAAGUGAAAAUAGCCAGUGUGAACAUCUCCUUGCAAGGCAGCAAAUUAAUCGACCGCCAUGAAUGAUGAUGUUUUCUUUUCCCCCCUCUCUGUUUCGUUUUGAAAGGCUUUCACUUUAGUCCCGCAGAUUGUAAAUACAGUGGCUCUCUGAAUGCUGCAGAGAGUUAGAUUAAUGCCUCACACUGGUAGAAAGAAGCUGGGUGUGAGGGAGGGAUACAAUCUCACGAAUCAAAUAAAGUGUUGGGGAUGAUUGGGGAAAAUACCAACAAUGCUUUUGUUUCAUUCAUACAGAGCAUGAUGGCUUCUCUGUUUUCAUUUAAAUGGAAAUCAAUCAUGCCCUGUGAAAGAAAGCUUUCUAUCCAAGAACCAGAGGCACUGGUUGCCUUAUUUGUUACAAUACAGAAAAGGGAAAUUUCUGUGGCGAAGGUUAACGGGGAAUGAGACAUGCUCCUGUUGGACAUGACAGUAUUUCAGUUGUGGCUUUGAGUAAGCAGCACUGGGAACGGCUACACGGGGUUAAAUGCUGGAUUUGUCAAAGCAGGAUCUCACUUUGCUCUACCACUAAAUCUCGCAGCUAAUCUUGCCACUGGGGACAGGGCUCGGCUCCAGACCAGCCAGACUUGAGAGCAAAAACAAUUGUGGAGUCACGUCCUCUUCAGGGCGAACAGUGGCUGUAGGUCUGAAGCGUCGUCUUAAACAUUACGCAUCCCAGUUUAUUUAACACAAACCAACUGGCAGAUGAUUAUUGUUUGUGCAUUUGUUUUACCGUUCAUAUUUGAGUGCUGUGUGUACAGUGUGUGUUAUUUCUCAAAGCGUAGCAUUGCCCAAUAAGCCUUCAAUAUCUGUCAGCAUUUCAAAGGGAGGACAAUUGGACAAAAAUUGCAGUACAAAACAUUUCAGUUUUUUUUUCUAUGUCUUUGUAGUCAUAUUUACUCACAUUCACUUUUUCUGUCGGACAAACAAACCACAAUGACAACAUUUGAGCAGAGGAUUCUCUUUGUUUGAAUGUAUAAAGUAAACAGACUUGUGCAAAAACCCAAAGAGAAAUGCAGUGUUUGGUUCAGACUGCUCCGCACAUGAUGUGACCAAACGCUGCACAGUUAUUCCCUCCUAUGCAGCCUCUCUGCUGUGACACUACUGAUGCAGAUGUAACAAAUGUAGAUGUUGAGCUUUUCUAUCUCUCUCAAUGGCAUGUAUGUGGAAGAAGUUAUACUUUUUUUUACCCCCUUUUUUAAACUGGCUGAUUGUCUUUCUAUGCAGGCUGAAGUAUGGUGUCUCUGAGAGCUCAAUGCACUGCAACUUAAAGGAACAGUUCACCCCAAAAUCAAAAAUACAUAUAUUUCCUCUUACCUAUAGUGCUAUUUAUCAGUCUAGAUUGGUUUUGCAUGAGUUGCUGAGCUUGUGGUGUUCACAGCACCAAAAAAUGCAUUUGAAAUCAUGAUCUGAUUACUCAAGAUAUCCACAGACCUUGUUGUGAGCAGAGGAGAACUAUUUUCUUUCUACCGAACUACACCCGCCAACCACAUCAGCGUGCAGAAGCAAGUGUGCAUCUACUGCUAGCCCACCUAGCACCAAGUACGAUGCCAUUCAUGUUUACAUCUCGGUCUGUCAAAAGCACAAGCCUCUAGUCCAUGAGUAGAUGCUCGCUUCCUUCUGCACAGUGGUGUGGUUGGCGACUAUAGUUCUGUAGAAAGAAAAUAGUUCCUACAUGAAACUGCUCACAACAAGGUCUGUGGAUUAUCUUGAGUAACCAGGUCAUGAUUUCUGGAAACAGACAUUGCUGUUGAGUUUUUCAAAUGUAUUUUUGGUGCGUUGAGCAGCACAAGCGGAGUGCCAUCUUAUUCCAUUAGAUUGGAGAGAAGACACACAUCUCUAUAACUGAUGCCUCUAACACCAAAACAAUCUAGAUUGAUAAAUAGCGCUACAGGUAAUAGGAUUUUGGAUUUUGGGGUGAGCUGUCCCUUUAAGAAAACACACGCAAAUAGACAAAACAAGCAAAUGAAGACAUCCUCUUGUUCAAUAUGACAACACGCGAGCAGAGUUUUGGGGAAAUAAAUGCUGGAAAUACAGACAACACAAAAAAAAAAAACACACAACAGAGCUAAAUAUAGAAACAUGCUGCAAAUAAAUGCAAGUUCUGUACAACUUGCAGCAUUUCAGCAGGCUACUGUAUUUGGUUGUUUUUUGUUUUUUUCCUAAACGUACAAGAUCCUUUCUCCAUUUGCUUAUGUUUUAUCUAGUUGCACGCGUUUUCCAAAGCUGCACUGUGUAGAGCCUCCAGAGCCACCGUACUAAAGGCAUGGUCUGACCUUAUGCAAUUUUUCUAGCUUUUAAUAUAUAACAUAUUGUAAGUAUUUACAGAGUUACUAACCUAUAUAUUUGUAUUGUUACUCUUGAUGGAAAAUGUAUUGUAUUUGGCUAAAUGGUCUUUUCUAUACUUGUUUUUAAAGGGUGGUUCUUAUCUCCAUUGUUCAUUUAUAAAUUUUAUUUGUGUAAAAAAAACGUUGCGGCAAGUGGGAGUCUGUUUUUUUGCCAAAAACCCUUAUGUAAAAUAUUUGUAUUUUAGUCAUAUUGUAGCAAAAAAAGUUUAAAUUUGGACUUCAUGUUAAAUGCACAUGUCCAUAUGUACCUGUGUAUCCAGAUUAACCCUACUGUAUGUGUAAUUUAUGCAAAGGGCACUUAGAUUGUUUUCUCAUUGUAUAAUUAUUUGCAAAGUAUAUAGUACAUAACCUUAUAUCUCCCAAGAAAACAGUUGCAGUCAGCGAUUGUACACCAUGAAUCAAUUCUGUUUGCACAUCUGCUCUCUCCCUGAUUUUGUUCUGAUAGUAAUUAGAACAGUGAAUACUACUGUAGAUUAUGUAGAACUCUGUGUUGAUUUUGACAUUAAAUCUGUUACAAAAAUUU